UACGGUGGAGGUUGGAGGUGUAGUCUGUCCAGUCUGUCGCACAGUCUGUCAUCGUAGAGAUUGCCGAGCGGAGUGUUCGAGGGGAUUUCUUGUUUGUUCUCUCGGACCCACGUCCGCUUGUCAAUCAGUCGAUCAUUGCGUGUGAGUGUGUCGAGUUGUCACAUAUAAAGUCGUCCAGCGGGCACCACAUACUUUUUUGAAUCCGCGCGUUUUUCCUCGGUUCGUUUGUAUCAGCUGGAAAAGUCACAAUUCGAGUAACACGAAAUUGGGGCUUUUUGAGCGAUAAUAAAUACGAGUGAUAACAACAUUUGAGAUUCGAAUAAUCGAUGAGGUACGACGGUUGACAGAUACACACGCACUAUAUCAUCAACAAUGUCGGACAUAGAAGACGAGUUCCAAGAUGCGCAGGAAAUGAUUUCCGCCCCCUGCUGCAUGUUUUUUCAGGCCAACUACGAUGGAUCUGACGACCGCUAUCGCCGAAGCUAAGCGCGCUAGCGAUUGCUUCUUCAACAAUGAUUUUCAACAAGCCAAAAAUAUACUUGAACCGUGGGCGGACAGCAGCAUGUAUCAUUCACUGGGAAAUAGCGUUUUUGCUUUUCUGGAAGCCAUUUUAACUUUCGAACAGAGACACAUAGAAAAGGCUUCGGAGGCAAUAAAACUGUGCAUGAACGUUUGCUCGAAGCACCGACGGCACACCACCUUGACCCAGAACAUCGGUAAAAUGGUGAAAAAAACGAAUUACGAUCUAUAUACAAUCGAGGAAAUACAUGCGGAGCUUUGCUAUGCCGAGUCCCUCCUGCUCAAGGCCUUGCUCACCUUCGUUGAAGAUGAAACGUUGGUCAGCUUCGUCAAGGCCGGACUGAAAAUUCGCACCUGCUUCCUCUCGUACAAGGAAUGCUUGACUAUACUGAGGACUCGAAAAUGGGAAAACGAAAUGCACAGGGUUCACUUUGAGAGCGGAGUUCGUAUGGGAAUAGGAACUUUUAAUUUGAUGAUAUCAUUGCUGCCUGGACGCGUAAUAAAACUUUUGGAAUUCAUUGGAUUUUCGGGCGACAAGAACUACGGAUUGAAAGAGCUGAAGAUAGGAUACGAAGAGCAUCGUGGGAUUCGCCAGGUUCUUUGUUCAAUGACGCUGCUCUCUUACAAUUUGAUAGUAUCUUUCAUCCUGAGUCACGCGGACGGUGAUUUGGAGUGGUGCGAAAGAGCUUUGCAUGAGCAAUUGUCACUGUACCCGAACGGAGUGUGGUUUUUGUUCUUCAAAGGCCGUCUCGAGUUUACACGUGGAAACGUCGAAGAGAGUGUUCGUUGGUACAUGCAAUCAUGGAAGAGCCAGACUUUGUGGCCGCAAUUUCAUCAUUUAUGUUUCUGGGAAUUAAUGUGGGCUAAUUGCGUCCAACAAAGAUGGGACGACGCUCUCUUUUUCGCUUCCUCCCUCGCUAAAGACUCAAACUGGUCACGCACCAUUUAUCUCUACCAAAAAGCUGCUAUUAUGAUGAUGAAGGAUUCUGACGUGGGGGGCAAACAAUGCGAGAUGAUAAGCACCCUCAUGAUGCAAGCACCGACGCACAAGCAACGCAUCGCUGGAAAAUCUCUCCCCAUGGAAAAAUUCGUCAUCAAGAAAACUGAGCGUUACUUCGCUCAGAAGAAAAGUCUAGUCCUUCCCGUUUAUGAACUCAUGUUCGUGUGGAAUCUAUUCAGGGUCGUCGGCAAGCGUCGCGAUUUUGUUUUGAGCAUGUACAAAAAUAUCGAGAAUGCUGAAAAUCAUUUGAAAAUGAGCCCCAAAACCGAAUAUCAAGCGGAUAACGAGGGAUUGUUGCUGGCGAUUAAAGGCGCGUGUCUCAGACAAAUGAACCAUCUUUACCUGGCCGAAGAUUGUCUCAAACGCGUUAUAAGCAUGGAAAAACAAAUAAAAGAUGACACGUAUCUCGUACCUUAUGCAAUCUUUGAACUUGCCAUGAUCGCCAGUGACCGAGGCGAUCAACCUGCAGCAAUCGCUCUCUUGGAGAACGCCAAAAAGCACUACACUGGCUAUUCGUUGGAAUCAAGACUUCACUUCAGAAUACAUUCAGGCCUGAUGGAAUUAAAUUCUCCGAAAGUGGAUAACAACGUUGAAGAGGCUACGGAAGCGAUAUUGACCGUGGACGGUCGGCUCAACGUUCAAAUGAAGGAACUAUCGAUAUUGAACAGCAAGUCUACGAGAAAAUCUAACGGUACUCACAGCGGUACAUCGAGCCGUAAUAAUGUCCAUAUUGACGACGGUCAAAUCGCUGGGCCUAGUCGUACGAGCUCGGAAAAGGCUGGAGUCGGAAGUAAUUAUUCCGUAACUCGAAUCUAGAACGUAUUUGUUCUACAAUGUUAGUUUCAAUGUCGACUCUCGAAUCAGCAAAAAAAACUACAUAACAAUCAGAGAGAUCUUGAUGUUUUAUGUCAAGUGUCCCAUGAAUCUAAGUAUUGAGCCUAAUAUGGUAAUAUAUGUGCGACCAAUCAUAUCGCAAUCAUGUCCAAAUAUCAAAUUUGGAUUAUGGGACUGAUUAUUAAGUGCUGGAAUCGAGCGAGAGGAAAGAAAAACUAGGAUAAAAAAUGAUAAUGACAAAAAACAAAAACAAUGAAUACAGGGAGGAAAAUAUGAAAAAUGCGAAUGGAAAAUCGAAUGGAAAAUCGAUUGGCAAAAGUCGCAAUUUUGAUGUCGAAAUGUCAAAUAGAGAAAUAUAAUUGUAUGUCUCUGGAUCAUCUGGAAAGAAAACGUUUUGUUUUCUUAUUGUGUUCCCCACGAGGAUUCUCGAAUCGGUAAAGCUUCAUUGACUGUUCGUCUAAGACUUUACUCCUCAACAAACAAAAACAAUGAAUAGACGAAGAAAGAUAUGAAAAAUCGGAAUGGAAAAUCGAAUGGCAAAAGUCGUAAUUUUGAUGUCGAAAUGUCAAAUAGAGAAAUAUAAUUGUAUGUCUCUGGAUCAUCUGGAAAGAAAACGUUUCGUUUUCUCAUUGUCUUCCCCAUGAGGAUUUUCGAAUCGGUAAAGCUGCAUUGACCGUUCGUCUGAAACAUUACUCCUCAACAAACAAGAACAAUGAAUAGACGGAGAAAAAAUAUGAAAAAUUGGAAUGGAAAAUCGAAAGGCAAACGUCGUAAUUUUGAUGUCGAAAUGUCAAGUAGAGAAAUAUAAUUGUAUGUCUCCGUGUCACCUGGAAAGAAAACGUUUCGUUUGCUUAUUGUGUUCUCCACGAGGAUUCUCGAAUCGGUGGUAAAGCUUCAUUGACCGUUCGUCUAAAACUGUAUUCCUCAACAAACAAAAGCUUUGUGACAUGAAAAACGCAAUGACAACAAACAAAAAUGAUGAAUAUGGGGAGGAAAAUAUGAAAAAUUCGAAUGGCAAAAGUCGUAAUUUUGAUGUCGAAAUGUCAAGUAGAGAAAUAUAAUUGUAUGUCUCCAUGUCACCUGGAAAGAAAACGUUUCGUUUUCUUAUUGUGUUCUCCACGAGGAUUCUCGAAUCGGUAAAGCUUCAUUGACCGUUCGUCUAAAACUGUAUUCCUCAACAAACAAAAGCUUUGUGACACCAAAAACGCAAUGACACCAAACAAAAAUGAUGAAUACGGGGAGGAAAAUAUGAAAAAUUCGAAUUGCAAAAGUCGCAAUUUUGAUGUCGAAAUGUCAUAUAGAGAAAUAUAAUUGUAUGUCUCCGGAUCAUCUGGAAAGAAAACGUUUCGUUUUCUUAUUGUGUUCUCCACGAGGAUUCUCGAAUCGGUAAAGCUUCAUUGACCGUUCGUCUAAAACUGUAUUCCUCAACAAUCAAAAGCUUUGUGACACCAAAAACCCAAUAACACCAAACAAAAAUGAUGAAUACGGGGAGGAAAAUAUGAAAAAUUCGAAUGGAAAAUCGACUGGCAAAAGUCGCAAUUUUGAUGUCGAAACGUCAAAUAGAGAAAUAUAAUUGUAUUGCUCCGGAACAUCUGGAAAGAAAACGUUUCGUUUUCUUAUUGUGGUCUCCACGAGGAUUCUCGAAUCAGUAAAGCUUCUCAUUGACCGUUCGUCUAAAAUUGUAUUCCUCAACAAACAAAAGCUUUGUGACACCAAAAACCCAAUAACACCAAACAAAAAUGAUGAAUACGGGGAGGAAAAUAUGAAAAAUUCGAAUGGCAAAAGUCGUAAUUUUGAUGUCGAAAUGUCAAGUAGAGAAAUAUAAUUGUAUGUCUCCGUGUCACCUGGAAAGAAAACGUUUCGUUUUCUUGUUGUAUUCUCCACGAGGAUUCUCGAAUCGGUAAAGCUUCUCAUUGACCGUUCGUCUAAGAUUGUAUUCCUCAACAAACAAAAGCUUUGUGACACCAAAAACCCAAUGACACCAAACAAAAAUGAUGAAUACGGGGAGGAAAAUAUGAAAAAUUCGAAUGGCAAAAGUCGUAAUUUUGAUGUCGAAAUGUCAAGUAGAGAAAUAUAAUUGUAUGUCUCCGUGUCACCUGGAAAGAAAACGUUUCGUUUUCUUAUUGUAUUCUCCACGAGGAUUCUCGAAUCAGUAAAGCUUCUCAUUGACCGUCCGUCUAAAAUUAUAUUCCUCAACAAACAAAAGCUUUGUGACACCAAAAACCCAAUGACACCAAACAAAAAUGAUGAAUACGGGGAGGAAAAUAUGAAAAAUUCGAAUGCAAAAUCGAAUUGCAAAAGUCAUAAUUUUGAUGUCGAAAUGUCAAGUAGAGAAAUAUAAUUGUAUGUCUCUGUGUCACCUGGAUAGAAAACGUUUCGUUUUCUUAUUGUGUUCUCCACGAGGAUUCUCGAAUCGGUGGUAAAGCUUCAUUGACCGUUCGUCUAAAACUGUAUUCCUCAACAAACAAAAGCUUUGAGACAUCAAAAACGCAAUGACAACAAAAAAAAUGAUGAAUACGGGGAGGAAAAUAUGAAAAAUUCGAAUUGCAAAAGUCGCAAUUUUGAUGUCGAAAUGUCAUAUAGAGAAAUAUAAUUGUAUGUCUCCGGAUCAUCUGGAAAGAAAACGUUUCGUUUUCUUAUUGUGGUCUCCACGAGGAUUCUCGAAUCGGUAAAGCUUCAUUGACGGCAGACUUCCAUCCCUACCAGAAACAUUUCUACCAAAAUUAAUGUCUAUCCAACAAACAAGUCCCGUAACAUUUCUACCACUAUUAAAACACUACCCCGUAACAACUCAUCACAUUUACAUCCCUACCAAAAACAUCUCUUCCAAAAUUCAAUCCUUCCGAUUACAUCUCCACCAAAAUUCAUGUCUAUCCAAAAAACAAGUCCCGUAACAUUUCUACCACUAUUAAACACUACCCCGUAACAACUCUGCACAUUUACAUUCCUACCAAAAACAUCUCUACCAAAAUUCAAUACUACCAAUUACAUCUCCACCAAAAUUAAUCUCUAUCCAAAAAAUGAGUCCCGUAACAUUUCUACCACGAUAAAACACUACCCCGCAACAACUCGACACAUUUACAUCCUCUUACCAAAAACAUCUCUACCAAAAUUCAACACUACCAAUUACAUCUCCAUCAAAAUUAAUGUCUAUCCAAUAAACAAGUCCCGUAACAUUUCUACCUCGAUUAAAACACUACUUCGUAACAACUCGGCACAUUUACAUCCUCUUACCAAAAACAUCUCUACCAAAAUUCAAUACUAACAAUUACAUCUCCACCAAAAUGAAUGUCUAUCCAAUAAACAAGCCCCGUAACAUUUCUAUCACGAUUAAAACACUACCCCGUAACAACUCUAGCAAAAUGGAUAUAAUUCAUUUUAUAAAUGUCUACCACGUAACAUCUCUACCAGAAAAUAUUUCCACCACAUAAAAUGUCUAUCCAUAUACAUCACAACCUCCACUUUUGUUGGUAAUGAAGGGUUAACCUUUAUAAAAAGAUAAACCUAUUUAACCGUGAAAAUUGAGUCAUUAAAAGAUUUUAAUGACUGUAAAAGAUUUUAAUGACUUUAAUGACUCAAUUUUUACGGUUAAAUCGGUUUAUCUUUUUAUAAAAGUUAACCCUUCCUUACCAACAAAAGUGGAAGUUGUAAUGUAUACGGAUACAUAUUUUAUGUGGUGGAAAUAUUUUCUGGUAGAGAUGUUACUUGGUAGACAUUUAUAAAAUGAAUUAUAUUCAUUUUGGUAGAGUUAUUACGGGGUAGCGUUUUAAUCGUGGUAGAAAUGUUACGGGACUUGUUUAUUGGAUAGACAUUAAUUUUGGUGGAGAUGUAAUUGGUAGUAUUGAAUUUUGGUAGAGAUGUUUUUGAUAAGAGGAUAUAAAUGUGUCGAGUUGUUGCGGGGUAGUCUUUUAAUCGUGGUAGAAAUGUUACGGGACUUAUUUUUUGGAUAGACAUUAAUUUUGGUGGAGAUGUAAUUGGUAGUAUUGAAUUUUGGUAGAGACGGAAGUCUGCCUUCAUUGACCGUUCGUCUAAAACUUUAUUCCUCAACAAACAAAAGCUUUGUGACUUUAAAACCACAAUAACCAAAAUCAAACGUACUUUCCUGCUGUCUUGACAUCUCCAUGAGUGUACACACACGCAAACAAGUACACACAUUUCCUACACUCGAUUUAAUGUAUAUACGCACGUAACUCGUGAAAAAUGAAAAUAUAAUUUUUUAGAUGAGAGAGAAAGUACCAUUAAAUGAUUGGUAUUGAAUUUUGUAAUCAAUUGACUAUAACAUCAGGGAAAAAAGCAGAACUAAGCACAUUGAAAAAUGGAAAAGUUCAUAAAAAGCAUGGAUUUAUCAUAACGUUUCGACGAUUCAAAUUUCAAUACCAUUGAAAUGGGACAAGAGAAUUGAAAAAUGGCGGGUCCAUGAAUACGUCACACGCAUACAUAUUUGCUAUAUAAAAGUAUUGAAUACAAGCAAGGAAUAAGGCACCGAUGGAAAUUAGUAGGCCGAUGAAUCAGUCUGACUUUAAUCGGACAACCUUAUUCCUUGUUCUUUAUUUUUUUAACGAUAUUUUUUGUUAGAUUUUAGUUUGUAAAGAAUCUAGUGACGAUGAUGAACAGGGUAGUAAAAAAUUUAUUUUUUUUACAAAGAUUCCUUCGUAAGUAAAUAAAAUACUUAUUUACUUACGAAUAAAUAAAUAUUUAUUUUUACAUCGCAUAUCUGAUACCCAAUAGAUAUCUCUUCAAAUGAUGUGCAAAAUCUAAAAGACACUAACCUAACAAGAAAUCUUUCAGAAACUAUAUGUGAAAAUGAAAAUCUAAAUGAUGGCCAAUAUGUGUAAAAUGAUAUAAAGAUGUGAAAUAUAUAUUUUAAAUGUU